CGCCCCGGCCUCCCAGGGUGCUGGGAUUACAGGGGUGAGCCACCGCGACCAGCCUCAAAAACUAUCUCGAUCUCCCUUACCACCUGAGGGGUCGCUGGUGACCACACCCAUGGAAUCUGCUGGAUCUCCUGCGGUGCUGGACAAUUUGACCCUCCUCCUCCCCUGGUCCCGCCCCUUCCCCCCAGAGUCUUUCGGCUUGGGUGGAGGACGCGGCUGCUGCAAGUCUUCGGCUCUGAUCCAGGCCACAGAUUCCAGGAUUCUACAAGCAGGAAACAUCUUAGAAAUCAGGGCUAGGCAGGCAGGAGCCAGGAGAGUAGCUACAAUGACUUCACCAGUACUGGUGGACAUACGAGAAGAGGUGACCUGCCCUAUCUGCCUGGAGCUCCUAACAGAACCCCUGAGCAUAGACUGUGGCCACAGCUUCUGCCAAGCCUGCAUCACACCGAAUAGCAGGGAAUCAAUGAUUGGUCAAGAAGGGGAAAGAAGCUGCCCUGUGUGCCAGACCAGCUACCAGCCAGGGAACCUGCGGCCUAAUCGGCAUCUGGCCAACAUAGUGAGGCGGCUCAGAGAGGUGGUGUUGGGCCCUGGGAAGCAGCUGAAAGCAGUUCUUUGUGCAGACCAUGGAGAAAAACUGCAGCUCUUCUGUCAGGAGGAUGGGAAGGUCAUUUGCUGGCUUUGUGAGCGGUCUCAGGAGCACCGUGGUCACCACACGUUCCUCGUGGAGGAGGUUGCCCAGGAGUACCAGGUGAGACCCCAGGAUGGAAGGGGAGACAGAGAAACAGGGUCUUUGGAAAAGUUUCAGGAGUCUCUAAAGAAGCUGAAGAAUGAGGAGCAGGAAGCUGAGAAGCUAACAGCUUUUAUCAGAGAGAAGAAGACAUGCUGGAAGAAUCAGAUGGAGCCUGAGAGACACAGGAUCCAGACAGAGUUUAAUCAGCUGCGAAACAUCCUAGACAGAGUGGAGCAGCGAGAGCUGAAAAAGCUGGAAGAGGAAGAGAAGAAGGGGCUACGAAUUAUAGAAGAGGCUGAGAAUGAUCUGGUCCACCAGAGCCAGUCACUGCGAGAGCUCAUCUUGGAUCUGGAGCGUCGAUGUCAGGGGUCAACAAUGGAGCUGCUUCAGGAUGUGAGUGAUGUCACAGAAAGGAGUGAGUUCUGGACCCUGAGGAAGCCAGAAGCUCUCCCUACAAAGCUGAGAAGUAUGUUUCGAGCCCCAGAUCUGAAAAGGAUGCUGCGAGUGUUUAGAGAGCUGACAGAUGUCCAAAGCUACUGGGUGGACGUGACCCUGAAUCCACACACAGCUAAUUUAAAUCUUGUCCUGGCUAAAAACCGGAGACAGGUGAGGUUUGUGGGAGCUAAAGUAUCUGGACCUUCCUGUCUGGAAAAGCAUUAUGACUGUAGUGUCCUGGGCUCCCAGCACUUCUCCUCCGGAAAGCAUUACUGGGAGGUAGAUGUGGCCAAGAAGACUGCCUGGAUCCUGGGGGUAUGCAGCAAUUCAGUGGGACCUACAUUCUCUUUCAACCAUUAUGCUCAAAAUCACAAUGCUUACUCCAGGUAUCAGCCUCAGAGAGGAUACUGGGUGAUUGGGUUACAGCAUAACCAUGAAUACAGGGCCUAUGAGGAUUCUUCCCCUUCUCUGCUCCUCUCCAUGACGGUGCCCCCUCGCCGUGUUGGGGUUUUCUUAGAUUAUGAGGCUGGCAUUGUUUCCUUUUAUAAUGUCACAAACCAUGGCUUCCCCAUCUACACUUUCUCUAAAUAUUACUUUCCCACUACUCUUUGUCCAUAUUUUAAUCCUUGCAACUGUGUAAUUCCUAUGACCCUGCGUCGUCCAAGCUCUUGAAUAGUCUUCUGUUCCCACCCACUUCUGAUAAGUACCCUGAGGCUUAUCAGCAUGUGAUUCUCCCUUCUGAUCUUCUGUUUUCUGUGUUCUCAAUUCUUUUGUCAUUUUUUUGGUUUUUGGAUUUGUUUGAGAUGGAAUCUCGCUCUGUUGCCCAGGCUGGAGUGCAGUGGCGCAAUCUCAGCUCACUGCAACGUCUGCCUCCUGGGUUCAAGCAAACCUCCUGCCUCAGCAUCCCAAGUAGCUGGGAUAACAGGCUCCCACCACCAUGCCCAACUAAUUUUUGUAUUUUUGUAGAGAUAGGGUUUCACCGUGUUGGCCAGGCUGAUCUCGAACUCCUGACCACAAGUGAUCCACCCACCUCGAUCUCCCAAAGUGCUGGGAUUACAGAUGUGAGCCACCGCACCCAGCCAAUUCUUUCGUUUUAAACAUUUACUCAGUACUAGGAUGCACCCAGUGGUGAAAGUAGGCAUCUUUGUCUGAUGACAGGUCUUGACGUGGAUAGGGGGCACUUUCAUUAUUUUGCCGUUAAGCAUCGUAUUUGAUGCAGGUUUUUUUUGUUGUUGUUGAUGCAGGGGAUCAAAUUUAGGAAGUUCUCAUCUGUUAAUUUGCUACAAGUUUUUGUAUAAAAUGAAAAACCGUAUUCUACCUAUGUCUUUUCUGUAAAUUAUUGAGAUAAUUGUGUGUAAUUUUUAUUCUGUUAAUGUGGCUUAGUACAUUGAUUUACUUCAAUUUGUUAUAUUGGCCACAAAUUGCUGAAAUACACUAUUAUUUGUUGUAUGCAAUACUGGAUUUAUUUUGAUAAUGUAUUGUUUAGAUUUUGUUUUCAUCUAUGUUAAUGAAAGAAAUUGGCCUGUAUUUUUACAUUCUUGUAAUAUCUUUGCCAGGUUCUAUAAAAUGCAAUAAUAACCAAAUAAAUUACUGUGUUUUUGUAUAAGUAUGUAUAGGAUUGGGCUCUAAAGCCAAACCAUUAUAAUGAUAAUUUGGGUAGCUUCAAACUCAAAUUGAAGAGAGUCUUCGCUACAAUCUUCACUACAACCUUCGGCCUUCCUCUCUACAUUUAAGAAUAGCAAUAGAACAAUAAAAACUAUAUAUAUCUUUCCGAUAAAUUGAAGUAAAAACAAAAGGAUAGUGGAGAGAGAAAAACAAUCCAAUACAUAUUUUUCUCUCAGAAUAGAAAGAAAAUUCAAAGAGAAAAUAUGAAUAAUAUAAAGCACUUACAGGAAGAGGAUGAUUUCUUCCAGCUUUUCCACACUCUCUUUUCCUUAGCACAGGAACAAACAGCUGGUGAGUGAGCUGCUGUGACUUUGGUAGAGAGGUGCAAUAUGUUUUUUGAACCAGCUAUAAAAGAAAUUAUGAGGUACAUGUGAGGGUAGAAACAAGUAUCAAGGAGAAGAAUGGCACUGGCUGUCCCAUGUGGUAUCCAGGAGCCACCAAUGUCUAUUGAGGACUUCACACAUGACUAGUCUGAAUUGAGAUGUGCUCAAAGUAUAAAAUGUAUACCAGAUUUCAAAUACUUACUUCAAAAAAUAAUGUAAAAUAUCUCACUAAUAACUUUUCCUUUGCGUAUUGCAAUGAUAAUAUGUUGGCUCUAUUGGAUUAAAUAAAAUAUGUUAUUCAUUGUA